GAUUUCCAUAGUUCCUUCCUUCUCCUCAAGCAUUUACCGUAGUCCAAGCACCCCGUCCCAAACCUGAAGACUUAGGAAAAAGUAACUAGGACAAUUGCUUGCACAGUUUGUCAAUAUUUACGACUUGUAAUAUUGUGCUGUAUUUGCAUUCUUGUCAGAAUGAACAAUUCUGACAUCCGAAGCUUUUUUGGCGGAGGAAACAAGCCAAAAAAACAAGCUGCAGCUCCUCAAACAGAUUCCUCUAGCGUGAAUUCUUCACAAAAGAAGAAACGCAUUGUCCUUUCUGACGAUGAAUCUACAGACGUCGAUUCUCAACCAGCUUCCAAUGGUUCCACAAAGGAAGUUAGUCCAUCAACUCAAAAAAGACAAAAAGUAAAUGUUGCCCCGUCGGCAACAAAGUCUCAAGCUACGUCGGAUGAAAAGCCCAAUAUUUCUGUGGAGGACUCUUCUGAUGUUCUUGCCGAUGAUCAUCCAAUGUCUUCGCCAGUAGUAUCUAUACCAAGAACGUCCUCGCAAAAAAUAAAGGCUCCUUCUGCACGGUCGGAAUCUUCUAAAGAAGUAAAGGAAGAAGAUGACGAGCUUCCAUCAGCCCCAGCAACGAAACGAAUUCGUCGCACCCUUCCUCCUAGUAUUUCUGAAACCCCAGAAGUUUCAAAACCUGCGGCCACGCCUGCCCCAAAAAGGUCGAAUGUAAAGCUUAAAAAUCUCCCUAGAUUCUCUCCUGAGGCUACAAAAGUUAUGCAGUCCGUGCCUUUGAUUGACAUAGAUUCUAUUGGUGUUAUGGCUCCUGGCGGUUUUUAUGAUCGAGCAGAUACGACACAAGCUCCAGGAUCUAAGCAAGUUCCUAUUGGAAACGAUAAUUGCCUUUCAGGUCUAAGCUUUGUUAUUACGGGUAUUCUAGAAACGUUGACCCGUCAAGAAGCAACCGAUUUAGUAAAGCAGUACGGCGGAAAAGUGACCGGUUCUCCUUCAAACAAAACAGAUUUUAUUCUUUUGGGCGAAAAUGCCGGUCCUCGAAAAGUUGAAACCAUCAAGCAUCAUAAAAUUCCCGCGAUUAAUGAGGAUGGUCUUUUUUAUCUGCUAAAGAAUCUUCCCCCAUUAGGUGGUUCUGGAGCAGCUGCUCAAGCUGCUCAAGCAAAGCGUGAACAAGAAGACGCCAAAAUUCGUGAAACUGCGGCUAGGCUUGCACCAGAAGCCCCUGCUCAAAAAGUACAGCCUAGUAAUCAGUUAUGGACGACAAAGUACGCUCCUACUUCUUUGAAGGAUAUUUGUGGUAAUAAAGGUAUUGUACUCAAGUUGCAAAAGUGGCUGCAGGACUGGCCCAAGAACUUGAAGUCUAAUUUUCGUAAACCCGGUCCUGAUGGUUUAGGUUUGUAUAAAGCUGUGUUGUUAUCAGGACCUCCAGGAAUUGGUAAAACAACUGCAGCACAUUUAGUAGCUAAUUUGGAGGGAUUUGAUAUUUUGGAAUUUAAUGCCAGUGAUACCCGAAGCAAGCGUCUUUUAGAUGAGCAAUUGCUAGGUGUAACUGAUAGCCGUUCCCUUGCCGGUUAUUUUUCUUCCGCGCAUGUACCAGUUGAUCAAUCCAAAUCUCGCUUGGUUUUAAUCAUGGAUGAAAUUGAUGGCAUGUCUUCUGGUGAUCGCGGUGGUGUGGGUCAACUGAAUGUCCUUAUUAAAAAUACCAAAGUUCCCAUUAUUUGUGUGUGCAAUGAUAGGUCACAUCCGAAAUUGAAACCUCUGGAUCGAACGACUUUUGACUUGCGUUUUCGACGUCCGGAUGCUAAUUCAUUGCGCUCCAGGAUUAUGUCGAUAGCAUACCGUGAGGGACUAAAGUUGUCGCCUCAAGCGGUGGAUAUGCUUGUUCAAGGGACAUCGUCUGAUAUGCGUCAAAUUGUCAAUUUGUUGUCCACUUGGAAGUUAGGAAGCAAGGAGAUGAACGUCCAAAAUAGUCAGUCAGCUGUAAAACAAGCUGAGAAACACAUUGUGAUGAAGCCUUGGGAUAUCUGCAGUCGAUAUUUGCAUGGCGGUUUAUAUCAUCCUUCAAGCAAAGCUACGAUUAAUGAUAAAUUGGAAUUGUACUUUAAUGAUCAUGAAUUUUCUUAUUUAAUGGUACAAGAGAAUUAUUUGAACACAACCCCUGAUCGAACACGACAGGAGCCACCAAAGAUGGCAAACUUGAAACAUCUAGAAUUGAUUUCUAAAGCCGCAGAAUCUUUUUCUGACUCCGAUCUUGUCGAUAGCAUGAUUCAUGGUUCUCAGCAGCAUUGGUCAUUGAUGCCAACACAUGCUUUGCUAUCAUGUGUAAGGCCAGCGUCAUUUGUUGCUGGAUCUGGUUCCAGACAAAUCAAAUUUACUUCUUGGUUAGGAAAUAACUCCAAAACGAACAAGCUUUACAGAGUGCUUCGUGAAAUUCAGCUUCACAUGCGACUAAAGGUGUCUGCCAAUUCUUUGGAAGUUCGACAACACUAUAUUCCUAUAUUGUACGAAUCAUUAUCAAUGCGUUUAGCUAGAGAACAAGCAGAUGCCAUUCCCGAUAUUAUCCAAUUAAUGGAUGAGUACUUCUUGAAUCGUGAUGACUUCGACGCAAUUAUGGAAGUUGUCUUGCCUGCCGAUGUUGGUGAACAAUUAAUGAAAGGAAUACCUACUACUGUCAAGUCUGCGUUUACACGAAAAUACAACUCUACAAAUCACCCAGUUGCUUUUAUCGGUUCGAGCGAUGUUCUUCCCAUGAAAGGAUCGCGUGCUCCAGAAGUGCCGGACGUGGAAGAUGCUCUUGAAGCUGAGGACGAAGUUGUCGAAGCUGAAAGUGAAAAAGAAGAAGAUGAUACUGAUUUGAGUAAGGACAAAUUUAUUUCUGUUCCGAAAAAGCCGACGAAGGCAACAAGGAAGCCCAAGGCGGAUGCGGGAUCGUCUUCCUCGGCGCCCAGUCGUCGAGGCAGAAAGAAAACAACAUAACAUAAUAGAAGAACAUUCACUUUUCAAAAUUAAAAUAUUUUAGGUUUCAAAUGCAUAUCAAUUCGUUUAUGAUGGUUAGCGGUAGACAGGUUUCGUUUCAUACAAUCGAAUAAGAGAAUAAGAGCAUAAAGCUACGUAUGUACGUGUUGUGCUGUCGGUAUUGCUUUGCGUUCCAUAUGUUCUUAAUUCUUUGAUAUGUAUCUCUUUUAUAUGCAAAAAACAAUGCAGCAAGCGUAAUUUGAUUCAUAAUCCACUGCUGUUACAGAGUUAUUCUCAAUGAUUUUUGUUUAUUAAGAAGCUUCAUGCUACAUUGAUUACUUACGAAUACCGAUACUUUACAUACUUUGAUAUCUGAUUAAAUAUGUCACCCAAAUCGGACUGAUCAAAGACUUACAAUGACUUAAUUUCGCAAAAUGUACAUGUAUAUGCCUUUCGUCGCAUAGUUAAUUCAAUUUCGACAACAAAGCAUUAUUCCUUUACGGAAGAAAAAAAAAAAAUAAAAAAAUAGUAUCCAACCCUUUAUAGUAUGAUAUUCAUAAAAUAUCGUACUAUACUUUUACUUGCUCCUUACUAUACCGUAAUAAAUAAACAAACGAUGAAAGCAAUAAAACGAA